ACCCUAACCCCACGGAACGUUAUAAGCCCUAAACCCUCUCACUUUUGCCCCUCUCCUUCCAGUUUCCAAUUCCAUCGUCCCCGUCUCGGCUUCGACAAGAUUAGGAUAAUGAAUUUUAAGAAUGUUAAAGUUCCAAAGGUGCCUGGAGGUGGUGCAUCUUCUGCUGCUAUUAAGUUGGGAGUUAUUGCUGGACUUGGCUUGUAUGGAGUUGCUAACAGCCUCUACAAUGUCGAUGGUGGGCACCGUGCUAUUGUCUUCAACCGUAUAGUUGGUGUGAAGGAUAAGGUUUAUCCCGAGGGGACACACCUGAUGAUUCCAUGGUUUGAAAGACCAAUAAUUUAUGAUGUUCGUGCCCGUCCCCAUUUGGUGGAGAGUACUUCUGGGAGUCGUGACCUCCAGAUGGUCAAGAUUGGUCUUCGAGUACUUACCCGUCCUGUACCAGACCAGCUACCUACAGUUUAUCGUACACUUGGUGAGAACUUUAAUGAAAGGGUCUUGCCUUCAAUCAUUCAUGAAACUUUAAAAGCAGUGGUUGCUCAGUACAAUGCUAGCCAGCUUAUUACUCAAAGAGAGGCUGUUAGUAGGGAAAUACGGAAGAUAUUAACAGAGAGGGCAGCUUAUUUCAACAUAGCACUGGAUGAUGUCUCCAUUACAAGCUUAACAUUCGGGAAGGAGUUUACGGCUGCAAUAGAAGCCAAACAGGUAGCUGCACAAGAAGCUGAGAGGGCCAAAUUUGUUGUUGAAAAGGCUGAACAAGACAAGCGAAGCGCAAUUAUCCGCGCACAGGGAGAGGCCAAGAGUGCCCAGCUGAUAGGCCAAGCCAUUGCCAAUAAUCCAGCAUUUAUCACACUACGAAAGAUCGAAGCUGCCAGAGAAAUUGCACAUACAAUUUCAAACUCUGCCAACAAGGUUUUCUUGAGUUCAGAUGAUCUGUUGCUGAACCUUCAGGAGAUGAACUUGGCAGGUUAAAAAUUCCUUUUGAACCCUCCUAACUGCUGUUUUGGAUGGUAAAAUUGUGAAAUGAGGGAAUUUUUCUUUGGAACUUUUUAAACUGUUAGAUCAACAUGCAGAAUGCAAGUCAGUGUUCCAUGAUCAUAGAAGCAGGUUUUUCUUGAGGGCCUUUAUCAUUUGGUUACAUGGCUUACUCUUUGUUAGUUUGUUUUCUUCAUGAUGUGCUAAUUGAGGAUGUGAACUGGGGAACAUGCUUAAAAUAGUUGAGCAACAUGACCGUUCUUGAUAUCUUGCUCCUGCA